CAUAGGGGCCGCAUUGAGCGUGCGCGCAGCUCCGGGUCGGGGCCGGUGUCGGUGCCGCGAUGUGGCGGCGGCCGGCAGCGCUGCUGCUGGUGUUCGCGGGAUCCACGCUAUCGCUGUGGCUGCUGUCGGCGUGGCUGGGAGCGGGGCAGACCCGCAGGCCGCUGCGCUUCCCGUCGGACCUGGAGGAGCUGCGGGAGCUGAGCGAGGCGCUGCGGGACUACGAGCGGCGGCACCGCGGGGCGGCUGUAGCGCUGUUCUGUGCCGCCUACCUCUACAAGCAGAGCUUCGCCAUCCCCGGCUCCAGCCUGCUGAACGUCCUGGCCGGAGCGCUGUUCGGGCCGUGGGUCGGGCUGCUGCUCUGCUCGGCGCUCACGUCGCUGGGAGCCACCUGCUGCUACCUGCUGUCCAGAGCCUUUGGGAAGCGCUUGGUGGUGCGGUACUUCCCUGAUAAAGUGGCUUUGCUGCAAAGGAAGGUCGAAGAGAACAGGAGCUGCCUGUUUUUCUUCCUGCUGUUCCUGAGGCUGUUCCCCAUGACACCAAAUUGGUUUCUGAAUCUCUCGGCUCCCAUCCUCAACAUCCCCAUUGCUCAGUUCUUCUUCUCCGUUCUCAUCGGUCUUACCCCCUAUAACUUCAUCUGUGUACAGACAGGAGCCAUUCUGUCACAAAUCAACUCUCUGGAUGCCAUUUUCUCUUGGGACACGCUGCUCAAACUGCUUCUGAUGGCCAUGGCAGCAUUGAUACCAGGGACUCUGAUCAAGAAAUACAGCAAGAAGCACUUAAAGCUGGAUGAAGAUGAGCACGCUCCAUUACUCAAUGGCAAAAAGAACAUGUGAUGGCUCAGAUGGCCCAGGUGCUGUGGGUCUCUGUUCCUAUGGGUUAUGUUCUGCAUGCUCUGUGUCCUUGUGGACCAUGGAUAAUUGCAGCUUUUACUCUUCUCCUCAUCUAAGAGGAGGUGUAACGUUCUCCUUUUUAAUUCAUGUUUUAUCGUGCAUGGAUCUGCACUGGAAAAAUAUAAAAGAAGGAAACUUGGUGAACACUGGAGGUAGAUCGCCUGCGUCCUUUAAGUCAACCAGCAUCUCUGCUGUGCUGGCAGGUGUUGCCUGCCUAUUGCAAAGGCAUCAGCACCUGGCAGAGAACACGUGGGUGCUUAAAGUCUGCCUGUGUGCCAUCACAUCUGGUACUCAGAGCUCUGGGUAGUUCCAGCUCAGCUGGGGUUAGGAGAUAGGCAGCUUCUCGUUAAUUACUGAAAGACUUUGUCCCAAAGCAUAACGCAAACCAUUCCCAGAUACCAGACCAGCCUGAUAAGCGUUGAAGUACACUGGCUUUUUAUUCCAUGCAUUGUUUGCUUUGAUAGUCAUUCUUGUUUCCAUCACUGUACACUGUUCAAUACAAAAAAAAAAAAAAAAA